GCGUCCACCUCCACGCAGUAAUGGCGGCCAGCGCACCCACAGUACCCACACAGGCGCGUACUGGCAUACGUGGGAUAAUCAAAUAAUGUAGCUCGACGUACGCGCAAUCUUUCCCCGCGGUGUCCUUAUUCAUCCAGAAGUGUUCUCGCUCGCGAGGAUCCGCGCGGCGGAGAGAGGAGGCGCGCUCCGCGGGUACCACUAUGUCCCCCGCGCCGCACCGUCCCGCCGCAGUCCGGAUUCGCCGUGCUCGCGCCACCGUUCCCGACGGCCCGUGUCCACGUAAACCGCGCGACGUCAACGCGUUGGGGCUCUGACUUCGCUCGGCGUUUUAUCGCGCGCUUAUCACCGUCGACCGACCGACCGACCGCCGCUUCCGGCAGCCGCGCGCCAGGAUGUUCAAGAAAUUCAAGGACAAGCUCGCGGAGGAGAUGAAGCAGUCGCCCGCGAGGCUGCAGGCGAGCGUGCAGCAGCUUGCGCAGGCGGUGGUGUCGCCGGCCCUGUCCAACAGCUCCAUUCAGGAGGUGUCGGCGUCGAAUGACAAUUUCAGCCUGACGGAGGAUGGAGACGAGACACCAAAGAACACUCCGGCCAAGCACAGCUUCCAAAAUGUCGACCUGAUGUCGCCGUCGCCGAACCGCGCGGAGAUCUCGAGAAGAUCCUCGGUGAGCAGCGUCACCAGCGACGCGUCCUCGUUGUUUCCGAUGUACGAGAGUCCCCCGAACUUGUACCAUUUGCAGUCGGACAUGGAUCAGUCGGCCAGCGAGGUGGACGAUAAUAUCAGUCCUCAUCUCGACAGAGUUACCAAGGAUCAGCUGUACUCCGCCUAUCGAAAGGUGCAGACCAAGUACCACAAGUAUCGCGGUAGAUACACGGAUCUGGCCACGCACUAUCGCGAGCUGGACAGAGUGAAGACCAGACUGGAGUCCGUGCUGGUUGAAACGCAGGACAAGGUGCUAAGAAGAAUAACCGACCUAAAGGAGCAAUGUCAACUGGAGCAACAGGCGAAGGCGCACUUGGAGGACGUGCUGAGGAACGACAUAGAAGAGAAGGAUCACAUUAUAAAUACGUUAAAUACGAAGAUAAAAUUGUUGCAGGCGAGCGGACCAACGUUAGAGAAUUCAAUAUCGGAAGAUACCCAGCAAAGGGAGAGUCCCAAGGCGAACCUCAUCGAUUUGACGAACGAGCCGGCUAACGACGAGAAUAACGCGCUGUCGGUGGAAAAUACCCAGUUAAAGGACAAGCUGAAGAAGCUGGAGAGCCUCGUCUUGAAGUACAAGGAGUCCUUGAAGCGCAACAAGGAGAAAUUUACGGAGGUGAUGAAGGAGAAGAACACCUUGGAAAGCGAUCAUGAGGCGCUGAAGAGUCUCACUGCCGAGACGAUAAGCGCGACGGAGGGCGAGUUGAGUGCGGCGCGUGUCGAAAUUGAAAAGCUGACCGAACAAGUAGAUACCCUGCACAAACGCGAGGAGGAAUCGGCGAUUUCAUUAGCCGAGAACAAACUAUCCGUGCACAGGGAGCUCGAGGAGAAAGAGGAGCAAAUCAAGCGACUGCGAGUCGACCUGAAGCACGUGACAGAAGAUAGAGACAGUUUAAAUGAGGCAGUGGCGAGAUACAAGACCGAAUUGAAUGAAUUCAAAUCCCCGCACGUUGAUUCAAGUACAGCUGCGGAUAAAGGCGCGACGGCGCACGACACAUCGAAAGAGAAGACCGAAGUGGCGAGAUCUGCGCGACAGGCGGCGAUGAAACGUCACGAGAAAGUCGAUCACAGCGAAGGAGAGAGGACGGACGAGAAUACACCGGACGAGGUAACGCUCCGUUUAAGGGAAAAGGAAGCAGAGUUGCAGGAAUUGCAGCAUAAAUUGGACGAGAUGGAGAAACGUAGUGUAGAACGUAGACACGACAGAGAAACAUUACAGAGCGAAUUGCAAGCCUGUAAGAUCAUGCAUUCGGACGUGAAGACGGAGUACGACGCGUACAGGAUUGUCGCGGAGGAAAACCGGAAAGACGCUGACUCGACGAUCGAGAAGCUCCAAGCGACGGUGCAAAGCGUCGACAAGGAAUUAGAGAACAUGAGACGCGCGUUAAUCGACAGGGAUCAGGUGUGCGAGAAUUACAAUAAAAAGAUGCAGCAGUACGCGGCCAAGCUCGAGAAGGUGAAGUAUAAAUUGAUCGAUCAGGAGGCAGAGAUCAAAUCUCUGAACGAUAAACUGGAGGAGCUUUCUGGGGUGCAGGGAGAAUUGGAGAGUAAAAAGACCGAGUUAAGCGCGGUACAAAGCGAGCUCGAGCUUUGCAGGUUCAGAAUCGACGACCUUACAAAUAAGACCCAGGCAGACAGUUCAGUCAUAAGUUUAUUGAAGAAAGAGAGGAGCGAUAUGGUGAAUCGUCUCAUUUACUAUAACGAUUGUAUGCGGCGUUUAAAGCAGGACUGCGUGGACGUUAAAGCUGUCGUUGCGAACGAGCUCUCGAAGCAAAAGGCCGAAGUGUCGAACGUGAACGCGACUCUCGCCGUAUCUUUUGCAAAGCUCGAAGAAGAGAACGUGACACUGAAGUCCGAGGUGGACGAACUGCGUUUGAAGACCAAGGACUUGGAACAGCUUGCGUUGAACGAGACGGAGCUGCAGUCGGAACUGGCGCAGGUUGCGAGUCACAAAUUCGCACUAGAAGCGGAAUUGAGAAAGAGCGACGAGCGGUUGAAAGAGAUGACGCUGAAAGGCAACCAGUACGACGAGCUUAAUGCGACUAACAACAAAUUAAUAGCCGAGAUCGAUAAUCUCAAUUUUAACAUUCACGAUUUGGAAGCGGCGUCGCACCAAUUGACGCAGUCGCAGCAGGAAGUCAAGGCGCUGCGAGACCGACUGAGGACGUUGGAGAAUCUCGAGUCUGCGAAUCACGCGUUGUCCGUUGAGAUUGAUGACUUGAGGGAGAAGCACGCGCAGGCCAGUCGUGCUUUUGAGGAAGUAGACGGAUUGAGCGCCAAGUUACGCGAGGCGACCGAGGUCAUUAGCUCGUUAAAAUCCGCGAGCAACGGUCACGAUGCGCUGCGGGAGGAGCUGCACGUCGCGAGGUCAGAAAUCGCUCGCCUAAAGGACGAUCUGGCUGAGAAAGGGAAUGAGAUAAAGACCCGCGACGAGAAGCUAGCGAGCGAGGAGGAGCACGUCGCGCACUUGAAAUCCACAUGCGACAGUCACAUACAGACGAUCGAGGAACACGUGAGGAAGUACCUGAACUUGGAGGCGGAGUAUCAGGGAACGAGGGAGAGUCACGCGAAGGAGAUUGCCGAAUUGAUGGAGAACAACAAAGUGCUGCAGGAAACGGUAAACCUGAAACUCGUGCAACUGAAGAAGAUGAAGACCAUUAAAGAGCGGCAAGGUAAAACGAUCGAGGAGGUGAGAGCCGAGCUUGACGAGUCGAAGACCCGGCAGGCAGAAUUGUCCAGCGCGUUGGAGUCCUUCGAGAAGCAGCAGGAGACGCUGAAAUUGGAAAAUUCUCAGCUGGCGACGAUCACCCUGGAGAACAAAGGUCUGAAAGACAAGCAUAACGAUCUCGUGAGCCGUAAUCGGGAGAUGUGCGAGAACGAAGAGGCUCUGAAGCGGAAAAUCGCAGAUUACGAGAAAGAGAUCGAAGAGCUACGGAGAACAGUCAAGGAUUACGUGGAGUCGUACAAGUCUCAACUGAACAGUCAGAGCGAGGAGGUGGAACGCUUGAGAAAUGAAUUAACGGUCGUUAACGCGCAGCUCGAACGUAAGGAUGCGGAAUGGAAUUCGCUGAACGAGAGACUGGCGACGAGCGAGAGAGAAUCGCAGGAGAUUAAAGGGAAGCUCGGCGAGCGGGAUACCGAGUUAAAGAGUAAAACUUCCGAGUUGGAUACAGCUUUGACCAACGGCAGCGUCAUGAAGGGGGAGAACGAGCGGCUUUGCGCGGAGCUAAAGUCGCUGAGGGACGAAGUGGAGAGAAUCAAAGAUACGGAGGAUAAGAAUGCGGAGUUGAAAUCGGAGCUUAGCGAUCUGAUUCAAAAGAAUUCCGACGCGGCGGAGGCGGCGCGUUCGGAAAAUAACGCGCUGAUCGCCGAGCGGAAAGCUCUGAAGGACAGGAUCGCCGAGUUGGAAAGCGCGAGCUCCAGUAGCGCCGAGUUGCAGACCCAUGUAAAUAAUUUACAAUCCAAGGUGUCUAGUUUGGAGACCCUACGGGCGGAAAACGAUAGAUUACAGUCGGAGAUCGACGUUUUGCAGUCCGCGAAGAAUUCGUCGACGGAGCUGGGCGCCUUGAAAGACUUGUUGACGGGCUCUCAAGACGCGGAGAUAAAGUUGCUGGAGGACAAAAUAUCCAACAUGUCGCAGGAAAUCGGGAAUUUGAGGCGGUUCUCCUUCGAGGUCGACGAGAGAAGAAAGGACGCGGACACGCUGAGAAAUUCGCUCGCGCUGUCGGAAGAGAAGGUCGCUGGCCUGCAGUCGGAGAUUAAUUCUCUCGUUCGGACGAACGAUGCGUUGCGAAGGGAACUGGAAGCGGUCCGCGACGACGGAGACGCGAAGCUCGACAGCGACAAGUUACGCGAGGAGAACAAGAGAUUAGAGGCGCAGCUCGACGAGACGUUGAUAACAUUCCAAGCGAAAGAGACGCAGAUGCAGUUGGCUAACAACGAGCUGAGGUCGCAAACCAGUCAAUUGAGGGAACAGUUGAAGACCAACGAGGAGGAACAAGGAAUGAGGCUGAAGCAGCUGGUCAAAGAGUUCCAAGCUCAGUUGCAUGACAAGGAAGAGGAACUCCAAGCCGCGUUGGAGAAACGUUUUGAUCGCCAACACAACUAUGAAUCGAAUCUUGUGCAGCAGUACAAGGAACACUUGAAAGAUUGUCAAAUAGAGCUGUCAGAGAGGUCAGAGCAGCUCGAGAACCUCGUCCUGGAGAAAAAAGAUGAGGUGGCAGAGAAAGGAAAGGACAUUGCUCGUUUGAUGGAAACGAUCGCGCAGAUUAAGAAGGAACACGCUGACGAGACAAAAGAAUUGGAGAAAAAGUGGAAGGCCAUAGUGCAGCAGAAAAUCGACAACCUGCAAGUUAAGCACGAGGAAGAAUUGAACGAACUGACAAAAGAGUGGCAGAGUGAACGAAAGCUUGAUGCACAAACUGACGCAGCUUCCGAGGAAUUAGAGAGCACUUCACGCGUGGCGAUGGCCGCGAUACAAACGAGCACUGGAUCGAUUCACACCCUGCAGCAGACCCUGACCUCUCAAAGGCGGGAACUCGCGGAACUUCGGAAGCUCGUGAACCUGCGACACGACACACUUGAGGACUCGACGGAGAUCGAGUACCUUAGGAACAUCCUGUUCGAAUACAUGAUGGGGCGGGAGACGAUGGUGCUCGCCAGGGUAAUCGCCGCUGUCGUCAAAUUCGAUCAGGAGCAAACUGCGAAGAUACUUAAGAAGGAAGAGGAUAAGCUAACUCUGUUCGGCUCGCUUGGUCUCACGUAGUCCGAGAUGUGACCACUUUUCUGUAUAGAGGAAUUCUAGAGAACAGCUGGACGCGUUUUUCUGCCCGAGUACUCUAUGCUUCUACAGGCCGCUUACGCGAGCUGAAUCUUCGUAUACAUACAAGAGAAGAGGAGAAUUUGUACAAACUAGCUGCGAAAUGUAAUAUUUACAGAUUUUUAUAAAUAUUAAUUUAACAGAAUGUUAUCGUAAUGUGAUAAGGCUUACAUAACAUAGAAAUAUAGAUAAUGUAUAUAAAGUAUGUUCUUACCUGUGAUUGUCGUCGCGUGAAAGCUGACCACGUGCUGAACACGCGUAUGUAUCUUCUCUGAUGAAGCGCUUUUUACGUUGAAAGUAUGACAAUAUCUUGGUAAGCACAA